AUGGCAAAAGGAUCCCAAUUGUCUCAGCUAAAGGCAGCCUUGAACCAGGCAGGGCUAUCUCGACAACCGCAGAGCGGAAAGAAGCGAAAGAGAGCUGUUCCAGAAGAAAGGGACAAGGAGAAAAAGGCGGCGAAGCUGCAGGAAAUUCACCAGAAGCUCAACCCGUUCGACGUGAAGGUCACGAAGCUCAAACACGAUGUUGGUGGACGGAAAAUUAUUGGGACAUCUGGGAGACCCGCGCAGAGCAAGCAAGCAGGGAUUGAGCAGCGGAAGAAGACGCUUCUGAAGGAGUAUGAAGAGAAGGACCACGCUGGAGGUAUAGUUGAUAGACGGUUCGGGGAAACCGACUCAACCAUGGCACCGGAAGAGCGUAUGCUGGAACGCUUUACGCGAGAACGGCAGCGUGCAUCCAAGGGUGCUGUCUUUAACCUGGAAGACGAGGACGAGCUCACGCAUUACGGGCAAAGUCUGUCCAGACUGGACGACUUUGACAAUGUGGGGCUGGGACUUGACGAAGAGGACGAAGAGGAGAGCGGCCAGAUUGAUCGUCAGACGGUGCAGAAGUCUCACUUCGGAGGUUUCGGGGAUGACGAUGGUGACGACGAAGGAGAGGGAGAGGAACCAGCCAGAAAGAAGACAAAAGCGGAGGUCAUGGCGGAGGUCAUUGCUAAGAGCAAAGACCACAAGUUCCAACGACAAGCGCAACAAGAGCAGGAUGAGAACAUUCGUCAUAACCUCGACCAAGAAUUUGACACCAUCCGCUCCCUCUUAUAUGCUCCUGUUGCUUCAACCAGUGGGUCGGUAAAGCCCGCCGAAGAACCGGAUAUGCAGUAUGAUCAACUCGUUCGUGAGCUCGCAUUCGACCAGCGGGCAAAACCAAAAGAUCGCACGAAGACGGAGGAAGAGCUGGCGUUAGAAGAGAAGGAGGCGCUGGAGAAGGCUGAGCGGAGACGAAUUCGGCGGAUGAAUGGGGAAGACGAAGAAAGCGAGGAUGAGCAUGAGGCCCGGGCGAAGAGGAAGCAAAAAGCAAGAGGUGGGGACGAUCUCGAGGACGACUUUCGUGAAGAGGAGUGGAGCGGAUUGGGCACAGGAUUGGGAGAAGAGGAUGCAAUUGAAGAAGACGAUGACGAUGAAGAGGUCGAAGGCGAAAAAGAGAGCCAGGAAGAGGACGACAAUGACUCUCCAGGUGAAGAUGAAGAUGAGGUUGGGUCUCUCUCUGAUUCGGAUGAUUCGGGUGUUGCAGGCGAGGAUGCUGAAGUGCUUGUCAAGUGCACUCAAAGAAGUCGCACGAAGUCAAAGGUUCCUGGACAAGAGCUACCAUUCACUUUUCCUUGUCCUACGACCCACGAUGAAUUUUUGGAUGUCAUUGAAGAUAUCGAGGACAAGGAUGUGCCGACAGUGUUGCAACGUAUCCGGGCACUACAUCAUCCAAGCUUAGCAGAGGACAACAAGUUCAAGCUGCAGGCGCUGACUUCUGUUCUGAUCGACCACAUCCUCUACAUCUCAUCGCCUCCUGUCCCCCGCUUCACACUGCUCUCUUCACUCAUGCCACACCUUUUGGCUCUGACGAAGGCGUACCCGAUACAAUCUGCAGAGCACUUCGUCGAAAAGUUGACAUUAAUGCACAAAAAUUUGAGGCGCGGCUUAUCGCGAGGAGCCACUAAUCCCGACGCGAAGACGUGGCCUGGCUUGCCCGAACUGUCUUUCUUGCGUGUCAUUGGCCAAAUAUGGCCGACAAGUGACAAGAACCAUCAUGUUGUCUCUCCUGCUCGGCUGCUCAUGGGUGCUUAUCUUGGCCUGAGUCGUAUCAGAACAUUACAAGACCUGGCAAGUGGCCUAUUCUUGUGCACGCUCUUUCUGCAGUACGAGUCACUGUCCAAGCGGUUUGUACCCGAGGCAAUCAAUAUGCUUGCCAACUCCGUUCUUCAUCUCGCACCACAUAAAUUUGUAGAUAAAUCCGAAGUCCCAGGCUAUUUCCCAUGUCCGGACUUCCGCUCGGAACACUGUCCAUCGCUCACUGUCACUCCCGUGAAGAUCAAGAAUCUAAUUGUCAACAAACCGGACUUGUCUAGCAUCCUAAAUGACAGAAAUGUCGGCGAACAGGCGAAAGUAGACCUUUUGGGCCUGUCGCUCGAAUUGCUGGGACGUUUUGCGGACAUGUACAAGAGCUCGCCAGGCUUUAUAGAGCUGUAUGACCCUAUCGUUGAACUGGUUGGAGGAAUUGUCACAAAAGGUCUUCCCAUGGAUCUCAUCUCACGAGUAACAACUUUGCAAAAUACUCUCGGGCGACUACUCAAUUUCUCCCGUCAAGCCCGCCGCCCGCUCAUGCUUCAAUCACAUAAACCGAUACCGAUUCCCACUUACGUCCCGAAGUUCGAGCAUUCAUCUUCGAACUAUCUCCGUAACCGUGAUCCAGAUCACGAACGAAACGAAACUGCCAAGCUGCGGAACCAGUACAAGCAAGAGAAGAAAGGAGCCAUCCGCGAGCUUCGUAAGGAUGCACGAUUCCUUGCUGCGGUGCAACAGAAGAGGCAGAAGGAGAAGGACAGGGCAUACAACGAGCGCAUGAAGAGGGUAUAUGGCUCCAUUGAGUCUGAAAGGGCUGAGCAGAAAGCGAUGGAACGGGAGAAGACGAGAGAGAAGAGACGGUCAGCGAGGAAAUGA